GGCUGAUGAGAAGCAAGUAUAAAUUACGAAUCCAGAAAUACCAGAGCACCCCAUAUUUCUAACAGUGGGUGCACUGUUCUGUCUUUUUGAACAUUGCUGAUAUAUCCUCCAGGCUUUUAUCCAAAAUGGUUCCCCGUCUACGAUCCGAGGGACUUCAGCCAAGCGCGGGCGACCUUCGCCGGCGUUGUACUGCAAUUUGCUUCGACUACUGGUUUCCAGGGAUUUUCACAUCUCAGAAACCAAUAGUGUUAUCUUUGGCGCACUUGACAUCCUGGAGUGCAGAGCGUAUCGCUCGGGCGACGACGACGACACAGAAGUGUCCUGAGAAGAAUAAUGACAUACUGGCCGAGGAAGUCUGGGAUUUUUAUAUGGCUUGGGUUGAGCACUUGCCUCGUUGCAGGUCCAGGUUGGAGGACAUGGAGAAAAGCAUGUGGGAAAACCUUCAGCAGUUCAGGUUUGACAUAUUGGUGCCAUGUGCAAAAGAGCGAAACCUCGCAAACACUCCAAGGCCUACAACCUUUACAUAUGCCAGACUUUGGCUUCCAACUGAGCGAUAUUCAGGCCCAGAAAUCCCAUCAUUUCUGCCAGAGGAUGGCAUUGACAACUACCGAGCCUGCAUGAGGCUCGCAGAAAACGGGCCGAUGACUUGCUUUACCCCGGCAGAGCUCAAGAUCAUCGAGCAACUUGGACCCCAUGUGAGGCCCAUGAUCAGAACGGUAAUGAACGAAUGCAUGGAAUACCUCGAGCGGGAUAUGAUGACGGGAGAAUUCAGCCGGAAAGUCUUUGACCUUCAUCGUCAUCUCGGCAAAAUAAUGCAACUGGGCAACAGAGUAGUUGAGCUUUGGUGCCAUACGUUUGGCUCGGUCGAAGUCUUCGCGGACUCAUGGAAUGUCAGAGUUAGGAGGGACGAGGAGACGGGAUACGACGAGCAAGUGGACGAGGUGGUAACUCAGCUUAAGGAUCAGGUUGAAAUCUCCAAACGGCGACAGAUCAAAAAAUCAAUUGCGAAGACACAAGGGAGAUGUCUCGUAUACCUGAAUUCGAGUCCACAAGCCAUCAAAAUGCUUGUCAUCUGCAUGGUAACCGAUCGGAUCCAUGCUCUCGAUGAACUUCGGCACAACCGUCGUCAAGAAACAGGCGGCACUCUGGUAAGUAUCGAGGAUCUUCCAAGCGAUGCUAAAGAUUGUCCAAUAUGCCGCGAGACACUCGGUGUUCAGAAUGAAGCCGGCGAAAUUGAGUGUCCAGUUCGACUUGUAUCUUGUUGUGGACAGUAUGCGGGUGAAAGAUGCCUCCAAGAAUGGUAUCGAUCGCCUGAAGCUCGAAGUUGUCCGCUUUGUAGGCGUACGCCUUCAAGUUCAUUUUUUGAGAAGUUAUAUCAAAUCGAAUUCAAGUUUUCCCCCUCCCCCGCCCCCUCCCCCACCAUUAUGUUCUUGGUGCGUGCCGAGGAGCAGCCCCAAUUCAUUCCAAUAAUUCCUGAAAGGGGAUCGGAGAUAAGUGAAGAGCAGCUUCAGGCUCUUCAGGGAGGACGUGAUGUUUCGGUCACGGUAGGAGAUGGUGUUAUGAUGGUACGCCAGGAAACUCCUUUCGAGCGGGCUCUUCGACAGCUGGACUGAGGUCUGCAUAGCAUAGCGAGGUUAGAACAACCAUAGGAUGUGGGAAUGGUAUUCGAGUGAGGAGUCAACGAAUGAAAUCCUUUAGCCACUUGACGCAAAAUCAUGAGGCUGAUGACCUUUGGUGACUGAUAUGAUUAACCUUUAGCCUCGAUGGCUGCUCGAUUGGAUAACUAAAAUAUUAGUUGCUGUUAAUUGCACGGUUGACCCCUGAGAGGUAUGAAACACAAUUCAACGGCGGAUUCCAAGG